UCCUCCUCCCAGUGUGCAGCUGUGGAGCGGAAACAGUAAUACCGCUAGACAGGAGGCACAGCGGUGCAGCCCAGUCUGUGACUGAAAGAGAGGAGGGCGGAACUUUCAGUUGUAGCAAGAAAAAAGUUUGGAAGCCAAAGUUCAAAGCGGGAACGUAAAAAAAGUCACAGACCAUGUAAAAAAAGUCUUUAGAUAGCAAGUGGGAAAUGCAUGAGCCCGACCCAUCCGUCCCUCGCUGUGCGCAAUGCACGCAUAAUGAUUACUUGGCGAGUUAGUUUGUCUCCCCUUUUUGUACUGUGGGACAUCCCUGGGAUGCAAAGCGAGUCGGGCUAAUAGGUAGACACCAUUAGGUAAAAAAGGGGACAGAGGGGAAUGGCGACGGAUUGCGGGGGAGGUGAGCCCAAGUGCCAGGUGGCUAAAGAUGAAGAGGACAACGUGAAGAGGAAGAAAAAGAAGAGGAAAAAUCGGAAAGAGAGCAAAGUGAGGACUGUCCGCUCCAAUCUGCUUUUCUAUGAGUCCGACAACCCGAACCGGCACUACGCCGGCAACUCAAUAAAAACCACCAAGUACACGGCUUUGUCUUUCCUGCCCAAAAACCUCUUCGAGCAGUUCCACCGUCUGGCCAAUGUCUAUUUCGUCUUCAUCGCUCUGCUCAACUUCGUGCCGGCGGUGAACGCGUUCAAGCCCGAGCUGGCCCUGGCCCCCGUCCUAUUCAUUCUGGCGGUGACCGCUAUUAAGGACCUGUGGGAGGAUUACCGGCGCUACCGCUCGGACAAGGAGAUCAACCACAUGGAUUGCCUGGUUUUCUGCAGGCGUGCAAAGAAAUAUCUUGAAAAGUACUGGAAGGAAGUUCAGGUUGGAGACUUUGUACAACUACGUUGCAAUGAAAUCAUUCCUGCUGAUAUAUUGCUGCUAUCCUCUAGUGAUCCAGAUGGACUCUGUCACAUUGAAACCGCCAAUCUGGAUGGAGAAACAAACUUGAAACAAAGACAAGUGGUGAAAGGAUUUGUAGAACUGGAAUCUGAAUUUGAUCCGAUGACGUUUAAUAGCAUCAUUGAAUGUGAGAAACCAAACAAUGAUUUAGCCAGGUUUCGUGGUUACAUCCAUAAAAAUGGGAAAAAGUCUGGACUUUUUAAGGAAAACCUUCUGUUGCGAGGGUGCACUAUUCGUAAUACAGAAGUUGUAUCUGGCAUUGUUAUCUAUGCAGGCCAUGAAACUAAAGCUUUGCUAAACAACAAUGGACCUCGCUACAAACGUAGUAAACUCGAGAGGCAAAUGAAUAAAGAUGUAUUUUGGUGUGUUCUAAUCCUCCUCAUGAUGUGCCUUUUUUCAGCUGUUGGUCAUGCUCUCUGGGUCUGGCAAUAUGGAGAAAAGCGACCCGUGUUUGAUGUUUUGGGAUCUGAUGGCAAAUAUGUUAAGCCAUUUCUUUCAGCUGUAUAUUUAUUUUUCACCAUGAUAAUAGUAUUGCAGGUGCUCAUCCCAGUGUCUUUGUAUGUUUCAAUUGAAAUAGUGAAAAUAUGCCAAGUGUAUUUCAUUCACCAAGAUAAAGAUUUAUAUGAUGAAGAAACAGAUUCCCAACUUCAGUGCAGAGCUCUAAAUAUUACUGAAGACUUAGGACAGAUACAGUAUGUUUUCUCUGACAAAACUGGAACACUCACUGAAAAUAAAAUGGUUUUCCGAAGGUGCACUGUCUCUGGAGUAGAAUACUCUCAUGAUGAUAAUGCAAAACGUCUCGCAAUGUAUCAAGAGGCAGACUCUGAAGAUGAAGCCAAUGGGCCAAAAGCAGGAACACUUUCUCGGCGUGAUAGUAAUAGCAGUCACCACAGUGUUAAAGCUGCAUAUAGAAGCCAAAAUACCAAGACUCAUCGACGUACGGGGAGCAGAGCUGAGGCGAUGAAAGCCAACAUAUUGUCCAAGCACACAGCUUUCAGCAGCCCAAUGGAAAAGGACAUUACACCAGACCCAAAAUUGCUAGAAAAGGUCAAUGAGUGUACAAAGUCGUUGAAGAUCAUGAGAAAUCACAAGCAACCAUUUUCUCAGCUCACUGCAGAACUCUCAGAUAUUUUUGACUUUUUUAUUGCUUUGACAAUUUGCAAUACAGUUGUUGUUACUUCUCCUAAUCAACCACGACAGAAGGUGAGAGUAAGAUCUGAACUGAAAUCUCCAGUGAAAACCAUAGAGGACUUUAUCCGUAGAUUUACACCCAGCCGUUUAACUUCAGGAUCUAAUAGCAGCAGUUCAUCCAGCCUCGGUGCUAAUAAGUCAAUGCACAGAGUUGGAUCCAGCAUCAUGUCUUCUAGUUCCACUGAAGGCAGUUUUACGAAGUUAGAAAGAAAACUUUCGAGUUCACCACAGAUACAUUUUACUGGACUAGGCAUACAAACAGGGUUUAAAGAACAAGUAGAUGGACAUGAAGGGGAUUUGCGCUUUGAAGCAGAGAGUCCUGAUGAAGCUGCUCUUGUAUAUGCUUCCAGAGCAUAUAAUUGUGCUCUUGUUGGGAGACUUUCAGAUCAAGUAACUGUAGAGCUACCGCAUUUGGCUAAGCUAAACUUUGAACUCUUGCACACCCUUGGUUUUGAUUCAGUCAGAAAGCGAAUGUCUGUUGUUGUCAGACACCCACUUACAGAUGAAAUUGUGGUUUACACUAAAGGAGCAGAUUCUGUUAUUCUGGACCUUAUUCAGCUAUGCUCUAAAGAUGAUCCUCUGGGAAAGCACCAAAGGAAAAUUCAAGCCAAAACACAAAAUUACUUGAAUUGUUACGCAGUUGAUGGUCUACGAACUCUGUGUAUUGCAAAACGAGUGCUCAGUAAAGAAGAAUAUGCUUGUUGGCUGAAAUUUCAUUUGCAAGCUGAGUCUUCUUUAGAGAAUCGGGAAGAACUACUGUUCCAGUCUGCAGUUCGUCUGGAGACUAAUCUACAUUUACUCGGUGCCACUGGCAUAGAAGAUCGUUUACAAGAAGGCGUUCCAGAAACCAUCAUGAGAUUACGCAAAGCUGGCAUGCAGAUUUGGGUUCUAACUGGAGACAAACAAGAAACUGCUGUAAAUAUUGGCUAUUCUUGCAAGCUUUUAGAUCAUGAUGAUGACUUAAUCACUUUGAAUGCGGAAUCUCUGGAAGAAUGUUCUAUGUUGCUUGAACAGUGUUUGCACUACGUACAAUCCAAGUUUUCAAGUGGCUCUCAGGAAAAAGUCAUUGGCGAGACUGGCAUUGACUCUGUCCAGAACAAUACUCUUUGGCCUCCAGAUUUAAAGCAGUCUAGCCUUGGACUUGUGAUAGAUGGAAAAACCUUAGCCUUUGCACUAGAUAUAACACAGUCAGAAAAAUUUCUAUUACUUGCUAGAAAAUGCCGUUCAGUUCUGUGUUGUCGUUCCACCCCUCUUCAGAAAAGCAUGGUGGUAAAGCUUGUUCGUGAUAAGCUCAGAGCUAUGACUUUAGCAAUAGGAGAUGGAACCAAUGAUGUCAGCAUGAUACAGGUGGCUGACGUUGGGGUUGGAAUCUCUGGUCAAGAAGGAAUGCAGGCAGUAAUGGCAAGUGAUUUUGCUGUUCCAAGGUUUCGGCAUUUGGAAAAGCUUUUGCUUGUUCAUGGUCGAUGGUGUUAUUCCAGGCUGGCCAACAUGGUCUUGUAUUUCUUCUAUAAAAAUGCAAUGUUUGUGGCUCUUCUUUUCUGGUACCAGUUCUAUUGUGGAUUCUCUGGAUCAGCAAUGAUUGAUCAGUGGUAUUUAAUCUUCUAUAAUUUAUUAUUUUCAUCCAUUCCACAACUCAUCACUGGAAUUUUGGACAAAGACUUGCCGGCUGAAAUGCUGACUGCUAAUCCCGAGCUCUAUAAAAGUGGACCCAACAUGGAGGAAUACAAGCCUCAUAUGUUUUGGCUUAAUAUGGUUGAUGCUUUCUACCAAAGCCUUGUAUGUUUUUUCAUCCCAUAUUUUAGUUUCUACGAUUCUGACAUUGAUUUAUUUACCUGGGGGACGCCAAUUGUGACUUGUGCACUUUUCACGAUUAUGAUGCACUUGGGAAUGGAAACUAAAACAUGGACAUGGAUCAAUGUAUCUUCAAUUGUGUUCAGCAUCCUUUUGUUUUUUACUGUGGCUCUUGUUUACAAUUCAUCUUGUCCAACAUGCAACCCUCCUUCAAAUCCCUAUUGGACUAUGCAGAAAUUAAUGGCCAACCCUUUAUUUUAUUUUAUUUGCAUUUUAUCACCUGUUACAGCAUUGUUGCCAAGGUUUUUAUACAAAUCUGUCCAGGGCACUAUGUUUCCAACACAUAUACAACUUGGCCGCAGACUGCUGAGAGCCCAUCCAGAGUGCCUUACUGGUAAUCUUAAUAGAUUGAAAUCCAGCGCUGCAUCUGAAAUGCAAAGUAAAACAACAGAACCAAAUAACUAUAGCAUUGCUUCAAACACAAACCAAAGACAAAAUAAUAUGGAUCUUGACCAAAAUCGCCAGUAUUAUUCCUCACCCAAUGAAGCAAGGAAUGAGACAGCCAGCCAUAGCUUUUGUUCCUGCGAGGAUAUUUCCAGCUGUGUGAAACCUGGAGCAAGGAACAAUACUUUUUACCAUGAUUCUUCUAUACUACUUGACACCUUACCCUUGGAUGAAACAUUCCAGUGGAACUCAAAGCUAGACCAGUCGGAUAUCAGUCUAAUAAACUGGGUGACAUCAACUCCCUUGUUUAAAAAGUAUAGCCAACAUGUAAACAGUAUCAACAGUAUUCAGGACAGUCUGAAAGAUACUGCUUUUUCACCAACUGGCUCUUAUAGCCCCAAAGACCAGGAAAGUAUUGCCAUAUGCAAUCCACAUUUCCAUGAAGACACAGUAAUUAGGACUAGUGGAAAUGGGGAACUGCAGCAAACAACUUUUUUAUAAAGAAAAAAAACUUUUUUUUUUGUUUUCCAUUUUGCACAGGUAUUUUUAUUUUAAUCUAUAGAGAACAAUUAGAGGUACAAAAUAUUUUUUAUGUUCUAUAAAUUUUAUAUAUAUAUAUAUAUAUGGUUUGUGUCUAUCAGUAAGUAAGAGGAAUAGUGCUGUAGCUCAAGAUGUGCCUACUGUUGUCAAGGCCGGGGUUCCUGAGCAAAACAAAAGCAUUCACAAUGAUGAGCUUUGUAGGACUAGCUGCAAUUCCAGUGUUUUGCUCACAAACUGCAAUUGUUUUUUGGGAAAUGACCAAUGUCAUGGUAAAUUACAAAGCUUUGGAAUAACGCCUGCAUUUGCUUCUUUUUACGUUAAUCCUGCAAAUACCUUCAUUCUGUAAGCUUCAUUGUGAUGUAUAUUCUAUACAUACAAAUACUGUAUAUGUAUAUUAUAACACACACAAGUACAGCAUAAUGAAUGUUUACGUGUAAGUCCAAAGAGUAGGGCAAAUGUAUUUUUCAUUUAGAAGAGUAUAUUUGUGAGAUGGAGUAAAUUGAUUGCACUUACAGGUCUUAAGGAAACAAUAUCCUCAAAUGUAGUAUGUAGACACUUGGGUGCUUGUGAGAGCUGCCACUAGGUACAGUAAUAGGCCUGUGCACAUGAGGACACUACCAACACCACCCCUCCUCUUUCUCUCACACAAAGACACACACAGAGUAUAUAUUCAGUGUAAAAUGUAUAUUCAGAGAUUAACAAAUAUUGAAUAUUUUUCAUCUCUUUUUAAGUACUAGGUAGCUGGUUA